CUGUAAGUGUGUGGUUCUCUUCUUGGAUAUGGCAUGGCACAACUAGAGCAGGUUGCUUGGAUCUCGAGUAAUAGCAGCCGCAAACGCCGCUCGCUAUUCACCAUCUAACCCUCCCGACGCAGUGCCAAAUGCCCAAAAUGGCCUCCGCUGUGCAGGUCAAGGUCAAGCACAAUGGAAAGCUCCACGAGCUCACACUGGACCUUUCGCAGCCAGCAUCAGCUUUCAAAGCGGCCAUUCACACCGCGACGGGUGUCCCCGUCGACCGACAAAAAGUCAUGGUGAAAGGUGGCUUGCUCAAGGACGAGACCGACAUGGCCUCGCUAGGUGCCAAGAACGGCCAGGUCUUCAUGGUCAUCGGCACAGCAGGAGAGCUGCCCAAGGCUCCUAUAAAGCCGGUCACAUUCGUCGAGGACAUGACAGACAGCCAGCUUGCGAUUGUCACGCGCGAGAAGGCGGGCCUGACUAACCUAGGCAACACGUGCUACCUGAAUUCGACACUGCAGGUUCUGAGGGCGAUUCCAGAACUGCAUAUUGCGCUGGGAAACUUUAAAGCGUCCAUUGGUGGCGCAGACGGAGAGUCCAAUUUGACGGCCUCGUUACGAGACCUAUUCAAAAGCAUGAACCAGACCACAGAAGCGUUUCAUCCUUUCGCCUUCCUCACUAUCCUUCGGCAAGUCGCACCGCAGUUUGCAGAAAUGUCGCGCCCCAGCCCCGGUGGUGUGGGUGGAGGCUAUGCACAGCAGGAUGCGGAGGAAGUGUGGAUCCGUAUUAUCAAUGCUCUGCAAAAUGCUCUUCCCGGCCUGCCGCCGCCUUCCUCCGACUCGCCUGCAGUUUCUACCUCUGUGGUAACUACAUCAACGGCUGCGCGCAAGUUUGUCCAGCAAUACAUGACCGGCGAAAUGGCUAUCAAGCGCUCAUGUCCAGAGGCGCCAAGCGAAGAGGCGAGCUACAGCAAUGAAUCCUUCACCAUGCUGCAGUGCAACAUCAGCGGAACAACCAACGAGAUGCUAUCCGGAAUUUCCGACUCUCUGACGCAACAGAUCGAGAAGAACAGCCCCACGCUCGGCCGCACAGUGGUGUACAAUGAGCAAAGGCGCAUCAACCGCCUACCCUCCUAUCUCGCCUGCCACUUCGUGCGCUUCUUCUGGCGACGCGAUAUCGGCAAGAAGACCAAGAUCAUGCGCAAGGUCAAGUUCCCCUUUGAUCUCGAUACGACCGACUUCCUCAGCGACGAGCUCAAGAAGAAGGUACAGCACACCGCCGAGUCGAUCAAGCAAGUGGAAAAAGCGAGGGACGAACGCGCGAAGAUCAGGAAGCGCGCAAAGGCCAAGAAGGACGCGGCGGACCAGGCAAUGGCAGCGGCGGGUGGCGCUGGUCGAAGCGCCGGCACCGAUCCGCCUCAACCGAGCGAUGCCAUGGCUGUCGACAUCGCUUCCUCAGCGUUGCCAAAGGAUGGAGCAGCAGCGAGCGGCAAAGCGGAGGCCAGCUCGGCAGAUGCCAGCGCCGCCGCAGGGGCCAAGCUCGGCGAAGUCUUGACCGAACAAGAAGAGCUCGCCUUGCGCGAGAAGGAAGCAGCCGACGUGCGUGCCACGAUCGACACCGACCUGCUGGCAGACAUCGGCGCGAACACCUCCGGGUUGUAUGAACUCAUCGGCAUCGUCACGCACAAGGGUGCAGCAGCCGACGCGGGCCAUUACAUUAGCUGGGUCAAGAAGUCCGUUGCGGAUGCAGAGCAGCACGGCGACGGCGCAGUCUCGCAGAAGAACGAGGCAUACACAAAGAGGCUGGGCGAUCUGGACGCUGUCGGCGCAUCGCAGAACGAUGAGUGGUACAAGUUUGACGACGACAAAGUCAGCACUGUCUCGCGCGAAAAGAUCACCAUGCUCGACGGUGGCGGGGAGGACUCGGUUGCGUACAUCUUGCUGUACCGAUCCAAACAGAUUCACUAAGUAAAAGUGGCUUGCGUUCAAGUAGCCUUUCCACACCAUUGGCUUGUACUUUAUCAACCGUAAAGUGCAUGCGGAAGCGAGAAUUCUGUGGUGCGAAACUUGAUGCAAUCGUCCAUUAUACGGUUGUAGUACAGAUGUGUGAC